ACCAUGAGUAGGCUACAGAUCGAGCUGGUCAUGCUGGUCUAACUGGUUUUUCCACGAAGGCAGUGCAAUGCAACCAAAUACCACAGACAGAGGUCGGGUUUACUUUCCUCCUCCCUAAAGUACAGAUGGACCAAUACCAGCUGAGUUCCCGCUGUAGCCUAUCUCGCGAUCGAGCCUUUAGAAAAGUCAUUGAGCAUCUAUAAAUUCGGUCAUCUCCAUGGCUUUGGCGAACAGCCUUUCCGUACAGCCAGCAGCAUCACGCAACCAUGAGUGAGACCGCUAUUUCAUUCGCCAAGGACUUUUUGGCUGGUGGAAUCGCCGCCGCGAUCUCCGAGACUGCUGUUGCACCCAUAGAAAGAGUCAAGCUGCUCCUUCAGGUCCAGCAUGCCAGCAAGCAAAUCAGAGUAGAUAAACAAUACAAAGGUAUUGUAGACUGUUUAGUACGUAUUCCCAAGGAGCAGGGCUUCCUGUCCUUCUGGAGAGGCAACAUGGCCAAUGUCAUUAGGUACUUCCUAACACAGGCUCUCAACUUUGCUUUCAAGGAUAAGUAUAAGAAGAUUUUCCUGGAAGGCGUUGACAGCCGUACCCAGUUUUGGAGGUACUUCGCUGGUAACCUGGCCUCUGGUGGUGCUGCUGGAGCCACAUCUCUGUGCUUGGUCUACCCGCUUGACUUUGCCAGAACUCGUUUGGCUGCUGAUGUCGGAAAGGCUGGUGCAGACAGAGAAUUCACAGGCCUUGCAAACUGUUUAGUAAAGAUCUUCAAGUCUGAUGGUCCGAAGGGCUUGUAUCAGGGCUUCAAUGUGUCUGUGCAAGGCAUCAUCAUCUACAGGGCGGCAUACUUCGGCAUCUAUGACACUGCAAAAGGCAUGCUGCCCGACCCAGAGAACGCUCAUAUUGUGGUCAGCUGGAUGAUCGCUCACACCGUCACCAUUGUCGCUGGCUUCAUAUCGUAUCCCUUUGACACAGUACGUCGUUGUAUGAUGAUGCAGUCUGGACGUAAAGGAGCUGACAUAAUGUACAGCGGCACACUUGACUGCUGGAGGAAGACUGCACGUGAUGAGGGUGCCAAGGCCUUCUUCAAGGGUGCCUGGUCCAAUGUGCUCAGAAGCAUGGGUGGAUCCAUCGUCCUGGUGCUGUAUGACGAGCUCAAGAAGAUCAUGUAACACUUCACAGAGUUCACUAUUUGUAUUAUGUGAAUGGACAUUAAAGCAUGUGAAUGCUUUACUCAUGAGGCUGGACUGUGUUGUACUACUAGUUAUAAAGGAUGUGCUUUUUUCAUUUUAUUAUUAUUAUUAUUUAAAGAUUGCCAUUUAUUUGUUUUAGUUAGUUUUAGUGUUUAUUUCAGUUAAUAAUUUUAGUGCUUCAAUUUAAACUAAAUGAAAAUUAGAAAUGUGGUCUAAGUUCUUUCAACUAAUAUUUAUAUUUUAUUGCAGCUUUAUUUCAAUUAACAGCAAUUUUUUUAAUAGAAUUAGUUUUAGUUAACAAUACUAACCCUGGUUUGGAAUAGCAAGCCGAAAGUAAGAAUCAAGGUUAUUAUAGUUUACUAAAACUAAAACCAUUAAAAAAGCAUUUUCAUUACUUGAAAUAAAAUAAACAUUGACUGAAAAAAAUAUAUGAACAAAUUAAAAUGAAAGUGGAAAAUACAAAAAUAA